GCGCCAUCGCCAUCACCGACGAUGCCCCGCUCUCUCUUCGCCGGCACCUCGACCGACGGCCUCUUCAGCCGCGCCGAGGCGAACCCGACAGGCCCCAUCAACUUCAUCCGCAAGAUCCCCGCCAACGCCAAGAAAUCUACCAUGGCAAAGGCCCGGUCCGGCCCGGGAAGCCUCCAGAGCAAGGCCGCUGCGCAGGCGCACGGCAAUAGGUUGUCGUCCUCGGGCCACCAACUCCUCACCCCGGAAGAGGACUCGUCGUUUACGAGACUGUGGCCUCGCCCGGGCAAGGGCAUGUACAGCUGGUUGCCGCCCGAGGCGGACGAUGACCGGCAGCUGGUGGAUGGGAGUGACUACGAUGCCUUUAGUGUUAUCGUCUUUAAUGAGAAGGGAAAGAAAGUGGAGGAGAAUGGGGUCAAGGUCUAGGGUUCUGGCCCACGGCGAGAAGGAGGAGGAGCAAGAUCGGUAGCUAGGCUUCACUGAGCAGCCCAACCAGUGAUUUUCUCCGAUGAGGCCAGCGGGUUUAGCCGGGAGGAGGUGAAACAAGUCAUAUGUUACCAGAGACUUUGAUAUGGUUGUUGAUGCUCUUUGUUCAGCCCAGAAUGAUCAUUCAGCAGUGCGAGCCUACACACAGCAGUAUGGUAGUCCUCAUCACGUCUACUCGGAUAAAUUUUACAAAAAGGAAAAGGCAGUCAUUUCAAGGCUUGAGUUCU